CAGAGUCUCUUUUGUAAUGAGGAGGGAUUACGGCAUCAAGUGACCGGCUGCAGCUCCCAAGUGGGUCUCAGGCUCCUUAGCACACGGUGUGGGGCAGGUCCAAUCCUCCUAUGAGCCAAGGGGGCACGAGGAGGUGGGUGGUGGCCCGGGCCACAAAGGACCCAGCGGGGACACGUGCAGGACCAAACCUCCCCAGCCUCCAGCACGGCUCAGGAGCCCAUGACUGUGAGUAUCUGAUCCUCCUAACAGCAGCAGGAGGAUCACUCUCCUGCAGAGAUCCAUCUUCCUGCCUAUCCGUGACCUCCUCUGGCUCCGUCCCUCUGCUCUGUCUGCUCGUGUUCCUGCUCGGGUCUGUUUGCGGUGGGUGAUGCACCUGAUGUCCCAGAAUCUUGCCUGCUGUGGGCUCCCACAACUGAAUUCCAGGUCAGUCGACUUCCAAGUGUGUUGGUUAGUCCAGAGGGAUGAACAGGGGAUGCAGGCAGUGGCAGGUAGCAGCUCCCUGGGUGGGCUCUUCCUGCCCAUUCCAACUCUGGAGUGCCAGUGAGCCACCUCCAACCACGGAGCUCAGCCACACAUAGAACGUGCCAGCUGCCCAGGGACAUCCCAGGCUGGCAGGUGGGCAGGGAGGUGCCUUAACCAUUCAGGGCUGGAGGGAAAUGCACUGGGAAAAGCCCCAUAUCCCAGAUGGGAGCAGAACGGAGUAGAGGUGGGUGACAUCCAUUAUUUGCAUGGACAAGAGCUGGAGUUUUCCUUCUUUGGUAAAAAAAGGGGAUCUGUAUUUGAAUUACGCAACGAAGAAUCUCCCUGAAUGCUUUCGGGCCCCAAAGCCCAGAGAAAAGAUGCAGCUUUGUGUAAGGGGCCCCAAAAAUGCAUGGGGUUUUAGGUAUGCUUUUCUUUUCUAGACAGCCCGUGUGUGCAACCUCUGGGGCAGGUGAAACCCACUCUUCCAAGUUCUGUGCCCAGAAAUCCAUAUGGAAUGUACACGAGGAUUUACUGAAAUGGGCAUUUGUGCAGCUGGGGACAGGGACAGCUCUGCUCCUCUCUAUCACCCUUAACAGGGGACUCAGGGAUGUGAGUUACAACAGGGAAACCCAAAGGAGGAGCAGCACCCAAAAGCUAAACCCAGGACAAAGAUGCUGCUUGGUUGAAAUAGCCAAAAAUCCAGACUUUGCUGGUUUUUGUCACAGCAGCAGCUCAUUGGGACCUGAGUUGUCCCCACCUGAGAGUAAAUCUUUCACUGGGAUGCUUAAAUGAGAAACAAAUGAGGAAUAUGGGCCCAAAUUUACCUGCCUUCAGCUGCUUUAGGGUGUGAAUUGUCCCUUGAAGUGCUUCUUCAUCCCCCAUCAUUCAGGGAAGAGCCCAAGGUCCCAUAAUCAUUAACAUUAUUACCUCUGUUAAAUAGCAAUGCCUGGUGACAUGGAUUCAGAAAUAUCAAUAGUUUCACACUGGAUAAUUAUUUCUAACCCAAGAAGUCAAUCACCAAAUCUGCCUGGCAUGGAUAACACUGGUGUCUUGUUGGGGUGUUUUUAAAAUAAAUUCAGGUUUAUGCAACUACGAGUCUGAUUAUUAAAUGAUUAUAAAGAAUUAUUUAUGCAAGUUAGACUAGAAGUGAAAUGGGGAUGCUGCAUGUCUGGGGAGCAUUUCAGGAGCCUGAGUGCCUAUUUUUCAGCCACUGUGAUUUAUUGUGCAACAUAUGGUUGAAGGAGAGGGGAGGUGGAGAUCCUGGAAUUUGGGCCCUGUGAGCCUGGCCCAACUCCAUCCCACAGAUCUCCAACAGGGAGACUGCUCUGCCUGCAGGAUUAGGACCAGCAGAGUACAGACAGCUAUCCUUCCUGGGAUGCCUUCAUCUGGAUCAGUCCCAAGAAAUCUUUCUGGGGUUUUUCCUUUCCUUUGGGUUGGGUAUUUUUUUUCCAGCAGUAUUCCAGGAAUAUGUUUCCCAGAAAGUAGGUUUACAGAAACAUAUUUGCAACAAAAACUAUAUUAAGAUAAUUACUGGGAUAAGCAAACAAACUUUGGAGUUUGUGACCCUGAGAUUAGUUUUACCACAAGUGUUCUGUGGAAGGGGAUGGCACGUGAGCUUUGUCCUCUCCAGCCAACCAGCCCUACUUGAAUGCUGACAAAAAUCAAACACUAAAAACAAAGGGAUCCACCAGGAAAUACAUCCUUGGUCACUAUAACUGCCUCGAGAACAGAGAAAAGAUGGCAAACUCAUCAAAUUAAUUUCCUGCCUUUGAUUGCCUCCUGGUUCUCUGUGCUGCUGCCUCCAUCUUACCUGGCCUUUGAUCUCAGCUCAUUCUGUUUUCUCCUUCCUUUCCAUCUUGCUUGGUGGGACACUUGCAUUGUCCCUGUGUCCUUCUCCUGCUCAAGCUCCAAGCCCUGCUUGUCGUGUGCCUGCACAGGAGCUGUGAUGACAGUGACCUACACCAACCGCGUGGCUGAUGCCCGCCUGGGCACCUUCUCCCAGCUCCUGCUCCAGUGGAAAGGCAGCAUCUACAAACUGCUCUACUCCGAGUUCCUGAUCUUCAUCUCACUCUACUUCACCAUCAGCCUUGUCUACAGGCUGAUCCUGAGUGAGAGCCAAAGGCUGAUGUUCGAGAAGCUGGCACUGUACUGUAACAGCUACGCCGAGCUAAUCCCUGUGUCCUUCGUGCUGGGUUUCUAUGUGGCCCUGGUGGUGUCCCGCUGGUGGGCCCAGUACGAGAGCAUCCCAUGGCCAGACCGGAUCAUGACCCUGGUGUCCUGCAAUGUGGAUGGGGAGGACGAGUACGGGAGGCUCCUGCGCCGCACCCUGAUGCGCUACAGCAACCUGGUCAGCGUGCUGAUCCUGCGCUCUGUCAGCACCGCCGUCUACAAGCGCUUCCCCAGCAUGGAGCACAUUGUGAGGGCAGGCCUCAUGACACCAGAAGAGCACAAGAAGUUUGAGAGCUUGAAUUCCCCCCACAACAAGUUUUGGAUCCCAUGCGUGUGGUUCUCCAACCUGGCUGUGAAGGCGAGGAAUGACGGGAGGAUCCGGGACAGCGUGCUGCUCCAAGGCAUCCUGAAUGAACUCAACACCUUGCGCAGCCAGUGCGGGAAACUCUAUGGAUAUGACUGGAUCAGCAUCCCCCUGGUCUACACCCAGGUGAGAAGGGAAUCCCAACACCCAUUGCUCCACCACUGCCUGUGCACAUCUCCACUUAUACUCACACCUGGAACCCUGGAAUGGUUUGGGUUGGAAGGGACCAUAAAGCUCAUCCAGGGACACCUGUAUCCCCGGCUGCUCCAAGCCCUGUCCAACCUGGCCUUGGGCACUUCCAGGGAUGCAGCAGCCACAGCUUCUCUGGAAAACCUGUGCCAGGGACUCACAUCCUCUUAGUAAAGAAUUUCUUCCUCAUAUGUAAUCUAGACCUGCCCUCUAUCAGUUUAAAGCCAUUGCUCCUUGUGCUGUCACUAUCUGCCUGUGUAAAAAGUCUCUCUUCCUCCUUUGCAUAAGAUCCUUUAAGACACUAGAAGGCCACAGCCAAAACCUCAUGUCCAGGCUGAACAACCCCAGCUUUCUCAGCCUAUCUUUGUAGAAGUGCUUCAUACCUGACCCACCCAUGAAAAAUGCUCUUGAAUCCCUCAUCCACAACAUCAUCUCUUCCAUUGGUACCUCAGCACACACCCAGCCCAACCUCCUUUCCUUAACUCAGACACAUCCACCUCUCCAGAAAUAACCUCUAUCCAGGGGUAACAAAUCCAUGCAGAUCCAUAGAAAACACAGGAACACACAGACACACUCUCUGCACCACCUUGCAGGGAUCACAUCCCAGGAAGGUUUUGCCAGGUGUGUACUCAGCUGUUUCUCAGCCCAGGCAGACACCUUGGCACCACCUUGCUCCUUUGUCUCCUACAAUCCAGCUGCUCAGAUAACAGGGAUGCCCUUUACCAUGAAACAGGAGCUGCUGCUGCUCUAGCAGUGCCAGAGGUUAAUGGGGAACACAUUGGGAAAGUGUAUUCCAGUGUUAAACCCCCUUGUUUGUGUCAAGGGACCACGUGAGAGUCUUGGUUACUUUCAAACUUGAAAAGGGGAAGUUUCCAGCCCUGUGAUGACAGGGAAAAGCACAAAGCUCAGCAUAGCCUGAAAUCUAGGCUGGCAAAUAUUAAUAAAAGCUCAGCAUGAGAAGCAGGAAGGAAGGAACAAAUAGCAGUGCCAGGGUUCCCUUGCUGGGCUUAGAAGCAGCCUGCCAGCAUGAGACAGCUUCCAGCCCAUCCAGGGUGUCAUGUGCUUGCUGCUGCCACUGGCCUGUGACACCUGCACAGAUACUAUUCGAGGGACAGCACAAGAGUGUAGGCAUAAGCUGAAGGGAAAAGGGAAUGUCUGUAGUUUUCUGCAGGGAAAUGCGUCCUCCUGCAGAGCCUGUCAGAACUGGAUCCAAGGCUUUCCAGAGGCUACAGAGUCAGGCUUUGGAGCUAUGUGGGGUGAAACUGAAGGGAGGUGCUGGGA